AUGGAGAGAGAGAAAAGAAGAUGCGGAAACAUUAACCAAGAGAUUGUAGAAGAAAUUCUGGUGAAGCUUCCGGUAAAAUCGCUGGUGAGAUUCAAAGCCGUAUCGAGAGAAUGGAGAGGAGCGAUAGAAUCAACGUUUUUCAUAGAGAAACAAAUUCGGUAUCAGAAAUAUCUAGAAGGACAACAAGCGAGAAUCGUCACAUUGUCAAGAGAAAAAAGAUACAACGGUGUCGCCCUAGGAAAUCUGUUGAUUUCUGCCAAUGGAAUCGUACAUGAUUCUUCAUAUCUACCCAUUAGGGCUUUAAACCUGUUUGAUGGUUUCAAGAUCUCCGAGCCUUGCGACGGUUUGUUUUGUGUCUAUACCAUCACUCGUAUAUUUAACCUUGUCAAUCCUGCCACCACUAGCCGACGCAGACUCCCUGAUCCCACCUCUACUGUUUCUAACGGUAGGGAUAUGAAUUAUACUUUGCUAGGGAUGGGAAGAGAAAAUAGCUUGAGUAGAAGGUAUAAGCUAGUGUGGUUUUUCGAGUGUGAUAUGAAACAGGUGAAAAAAUCUACUAGGUGCAAGGUUUUUGCUUUUGACUCUAACACUUGGAGAUACGUAGAUCCGCCUCAUUGUCGAGUUGAAUAUGGCCAUCCUCUAAUACACUUGGAGGGAGUGAUGUAUUGCUUCACUGCCCCGUGCAUGGAAGAGCAAGGUCCCUUUGAAAAGGAGGUACUAGCUUUUGAUCUUCACACAGAGACGUCGCAAAGCUUUUCAGUUACUCCCGAUAUCGGGGAAAGUCCCUUAAGCAUGCGCGUUCUCAACCAUCGCUUAUGUAUCUUCAAGAGACAUGUCUAUACGGACGACCUUGUUUUCAAAAUCUGGGGUCUAGACAUAAACAAGAGAUCAUGGGAAAUCAUGUAUUCCAUAGAUUUGUCUUGUUUUCCACCAGAGUUCCAAGGAUCGUGUAUCCUGCCGGUGGCAAAGAUCGACAAUUAUCUCAUCAUUUCAAAUGUUACACGUACCACGUGUGUGCUCUACGGUUCCAAAAAUCGUAUUUUGCAUGGUACCUCUGGUUCUCCUGCGUUCAAUACUAUGUCUUAUUUUGAGACGCUAGUCUCUCCUUAUCAAUAA